UUCGUGUCAUCAAAACGCAAUUUUAAUCUAUUAUAAAUGUAUAAACUGAACAACCUUUCAAAAACUAUUGCUUUACAAACAUACUUGAACGCUACCACUCUUGAACGCCUCACUCUCUGGACAAGUAUGGCGGAGAGUCUGAGUAUGAAGAUCGCCGUGCUGGGAGCCACUGGGCAGACUGGACAGUAUCUGGUCAACCAGGCGCUGCAGCAGGGCCACACAGUCACUGCCAUCGUCAGGAACCCAGGAAAACUCACCGUGCAUCAUGAUAAUCUCAAGGUGGUGGAAGCUGAUAUUUUCUCAGCAGACAGUCUGAAGCCUCACUUUAAAGGACAGGAUGUCAUCAUGUCCUGCCUUGGCUUCUCAAUCUCCUUUUUCUCGCCGGUAACGGGCUACUCUCAGUCCAUGAACGCUAUGGUGAACGCCAUGCGAGAGGUGCGGGUCAACAGGAUCAUCACCAUGACCUCCUGGUACACUGACUCUAACUCUGGAACGCAGUCAUCGUAUCUCAUCCGCUUCCUCCUGCUGCCGAUGAUCCGAAGCAUCCUCACCAACAUGCAUGAGAUGGAGCAGUUUCUGCAGAAGACCAGCGACAUUAACUGGACUGUGGUUCGCCCACCUGGUCUCAAGAACCUGCCCGCCUCAGCUCAGGAGUUUCUGACCCAUGAGGGAUACUUUGUGCCUGACAGCAGUGGUCACCCUGUGGGCAGCUCUGUGGCAAGAGGAGACGUGGCUCGCUUCAUGCUCUCUCUGCUCAACAGCAACGCCUGGGUCAAGAAGGGAGUUUCCAUGACGACCAAAUAAGAGAGAAGACGCCAGCGUUGGCAUUAAUGAAGGGGGGUUCACCAAUCUUAAGUUAUAUCUAGCCAUAUUUUUCUAAAGUUGUCUAGGUUUUAAAGUAUCCGCCUUUGAGUUUUCUGCUUCUGCCCCUGAUACAACAGAGGCAAAGGAAAGCUUUCUGUUUUGGAUUUACAGCUCACAACUUCACUGUUUUUAUUCAUCCUCACUACAAUAAUAGCUCUGAUAAAUUCAUUGUAUGCUCCUCAAGAAUUAGGAAAAGAGUCACUUAAAGAUAAAAAACAACUGACCAGCUCACUCAGUGUAAAAGUUCAUCAUAAAAGUAGGCGGU